AAUGGAUGAAAAUAUUAAAUGUGCCUGAUUAUUUUUCUGGUCGUAGGAAUAACCAUUUCUAGUUACAGAAAAAAAUUACAGAUUUUUUGGUUGCGUCUUACAUUUUAUAAAAAUAAAAACAUUUUGCUUCACCGCACGUCCGGCCCAUUACGGCUGUUAAGAAAACUUUCUAAGUCUUAAAAAGUUAUCGCUAUUUGAAUCUGUGGAGCGCAUGACAUUGACAGUUGAUUGACAGCUUGUCAUUCUUCUCGCGUAAUUCAUAACCUUUUGUGCUCUCAUCUGGUGAACUGGUUUCUUUGUAUUUAUGUGAUUAUUACGACUCGCUUCCCCACCCGGACCUCUGAUUUUGCCUGCUCCAACGACGACCUACACUUUUGAACCCCGGACCUGAUUUUGAUAGCAAUUUCGACGACCACUGCAACUGAAACUGGACUAUUAGUUUGGUACCGUGUUCAUCACCAUGAAUACAAACACUUAUAAACUAUAUAAAGAUCCUAAAACAUGCUUUAUACCAACGUGCUCCAAGACUGAUCUGAAAAACCCGGAUUUGAAGUUUUUUACUGUAAGAAAAGAGCUGAAACAACGUUGGUGUCAAUUGGUUGGCAGGAACUGUCCAAACCGAGCACUGUUUUGCUGUGCGGACCACUUAAAUUUUGAAGAAGAUUUGGAAAAUUAUGGACAAUGGAUCUCUGGUGCAAAGCCAAGACUAAAAAUAAAUGCCAUACUUAAGAAUUUUUCAAAAAAACCAUUGAGUGCAAUCAAUAAGAAUAUUGAAGAUCUUAAUCGGCCAUCAACUUCAAGUGCUGCUGACAAUGCUGGCAUGCAGGUCUCUGACAGUAUAGAUGCAGCUAUACAGUGUGAUAAAAGAAUAGGUGUUUCAAACAAGUUUGUUUUGGCCCAGCCGAAGACUCAAACCAUAGCUACUCAAUUCCGUGGGCGAAAAAUAAAAGAAAGUGUGAUGCCAUCACGAAUGAUGCAACUACCGAACACUGAGAAGAGUCCCAAUCAAUCACCAUCCUUGUUUGGGACAUCCAACUUCGACUCGUCUUCGAGUGCUCAACAAGAGGAUAUUGAAAAACGUGGCAGGGAGCACCUACUAAAAAUUAUUACUAACAAACCCAAAAUGUUUUUAGGUCUGCCAAAAAGCUUUUGGUGGAUUAUUAAUUUCAUUGCCCAGGAGUGCUCUUGUUUGGCAUUUCAUAUUAUCAUAUGUCUAUUUAAAUUAAAAAACAAUGACUCUUUUGCUAGGAUGAGUGAAGAAUUUCAAAUGGCCAGGUCAACCAUACGUUUAGUGUUUGAAAAGAACGUCGUAGUUUUGUCCACAUACUUUCAAAAUUGUAUAUAUUUACCACCACUAUCAGAAAUAAAAAAAAAUUUACCAUUAGCAUUUAAAAUCAGAUAUUCGAAUGUACAGUGUAUUAUAGACUGUUUCGAGAUUCAAAUAGAAAAACCCAGCGAUCCAGAGAAGCAGGCGCAGACUUGGUCGCAGUACAAAUCAUGCAACACGAUGAAAUAUUUGAUUGGCUGCACACCCGCUGGAUACAUUUCAUUCAUCUCACAGGGUUAUGGGGGACGUACAUCUGAUAAAGCCAUCACGGAGAACAGUGGCUUUGUUGAUGUACUUCCCCUAAAUGCGGUAAUCAUGGCCGAUCGUGGUUUUAAGGAGAUUGAAUCACUCUUAAUCACAAAAAAUGGAAAACUCUUAAGACCUCCUAGUGUCUUCGCCAAUCAAAAAAUGACAAAAAAAGACGUAAUUAAAACUAAAGUGAUUGCCAGUUUGAGGGUGCACGUUGAGCGUGUAAUUAGGAGAUUACGGGAAUUCCAUAUGUUAAAACCCCACUCUGUGGUUAAUAACAAACAUUUAAAAUAUUUGGACGACCUGGUCAUUAUAGCUUGCGGAUUAAGUAAUCUUCAGAAUCCAAUAAUAAAAGACGUUUGAUAAUAUUAUGUUGUUUUAUUUUAUCAUAUACCAUAGGUAACCUCGAGUAGUAGGCAGGUAUUUAAGUCCAGUUCCUAGGCCAUAUAUGUAGAGGGUAAGGCCAAAUUAGCCUCCAAAAAGCUUUGGGGUGCUUCGCUCAGGGUCGGCAACGCGCAUGUAAUGUCUCUGGUGUUGCAGGCGUCCAUAGGCUACGGUGACUGCUUACCAUCAGGCGGGCCGUAUGCUUGUAUGCCACCGUCGUGGUAUAAAAAAAAAAAAAAAAGAAGAUAGAUUUAUAGAUGAGACAGUAUUUCACACCGGCCCGCAGCUUUACAUGCUCAACAUUAAGGGUGUUAAAAUGAGUAAUAAUAAGGUCAAGACAAACAUAUUUAUUUAAAAUAAAUACAAAGUACAAAAUUAAUGUCAUGCUGUAGAUGCACUUUUUAAAAUUACAGGAUACACAUUCUCAUCCCAAAAUUUCUCUGCGUCUCUCAUCAAAUUAUCUAUAUAAUUUUUAUCAAAAUUAACAACAAUUGUCUCAAUUAAGCUGUUGCUUUCAAAUUUCGGGUCCGCCACACACAACAAACACUUAUUUUUGCCAGCCGCUAGCAUCUCUAAUUGCACUUGGCCCAUAAACUUAUUCGCAAUUUGCCCAUUCUUUAUAUAAUUUUUUUUAGUUUUCUCCGAAAUGGGACACUUAAUUUCGACCACAAAGUCAUCUCCAAUGCCAUCAGGUGAUGCUCCAAAAAUUCCAUCUAUAAUCAAAAAUCCACAUUCUUCUAUUUCUUUAUUUAUAUCAGUCUUUACUUUAUUCAGUACUCGUUUUUCUAGGAUUUUACCCCUUUUCAUGGACUUUGUUUCUGGUGCUUUGCACCCUCCUAGUAUUUCUUCAACAAGACUGCCAUGGGGUGUUUUGCAAUGAGCAAUUUCAUAAAUUUUUGAUCCUGUAAUUCGGCCUUGUCGAAUUGAAUGCCACUGCUUUGAGUUCACUUGGCCUACAGUGUCUUUCAUGAUUUUUUCUUUAUUUUCUAGCAUUAUUGCAUUGCUAAAUAUUUUAAAUUUGUUAAAAGUUGGCCUACUUUCCUUUUCUAAAAAAUCCACCAUCAUGUCAAAAAUACAAUAUUUUGAGUUCAUUUUCAUCGGUCUUUCAGGAUCAUAUACCAUGAGCAGGCUUUUACCACAACCAUGUUUGGUUGCUUCUUGUCGUAGUCUUUUCAGUACCAAAGGGUCCUUUGGCCCCCUUUCGGCGACUUCUCCUUUUGCCAAAUCUUUACACAUUAAUGGUUUGUCUAGAGCCCGUUUGAGGCUGGGUUUCGUCCAGUAACAUUGGAUACUGGUUGGUGAAGGUUCAGCACUUCGUUUUUGUAGCCAAUGUAAUACUACAACAGUAUGUUUACACCCACCUAAGAAAAAAGAACAUUUUAAACAUAUCUAUAAUAAAACUUGUACUAAUUGAGAACAUUCAAAAGCUCCACUUUUCUUGAAAUGACAGACUAAAUUGCAUGUGUCAUAUUAAUAUUUCAUGGUUAUAUCUGAUCAGAUUAGCAUAGGGUAAGAGGUAAGUUUUGGUUUUGACAGAAAGGGAACCACACGCAGGUCAAGUUGAGUGUAGUUUGUUCAAAAUAACUACAAAAUCAAUAAGGACAUGUUUAUAGCAAAACUUACCAGCCCCCGCUGCACAGUCACAUGAAGUAUCUAUAAUUGAUUCAUUUGCCUCUUCUAAAUGGACCAUCACAACAUAGUAUUUGCUUGUUAUUCUUUGUUCAGGAACAACUUUAGCUCUCACAUCACAAAGAUUCCCAGUCCGCUUUGUUUCAACAUAUCCAAUAGCAGUCUCAACAUAUGAUUCUCUUGAAGACCUUAAACAAACAAACAAUUAAGUGCUUUCUCCUUUUAUAACAAAAUAAGAUUAAUGUUACCAAUUUAAAGGAACCACAGACACUUUAAAGCAAAUUUAAAUAUGUGAUUACUUUGCUACAAAAUGAAAAAUGUCCAAAAUUUAUAUUGUUUUAAUUUGAAACAUUUUAUGAAAAAUGACCCAGGUCCCGCGUGUUAAUUUUUCGCUUGCCAGGUCAAUAUCAAGAUAAAGCGCGGUAAUGAGAUAGGGGUUAGGUUGAUACUUACGACAAAGCUUUGGCAUCUCUUAUUUCACCGGCAUUAUGUUUGUCGCUAUUCUUCAUAAACUCCAUAAGCAUAUAUGGGUCUACUUUUGGCAAAUUAGAUGAGUUUGCUCUAACAAAAGCAGCGGUAUCCAUGUUUGCAGAAUUCAAAUGCCAGGGGUCGUCGAAAUUGCUAUCAAAAUCAGGUCCGGGGUUCAAAAGCGAAGGUCGUCGUUGGAGCAGGCAAAAUCAGAGGUCCGGGUGGGGAAGCGAGUCGUAAUAAUCACAUAAAUACAAAAAAAACAGUUCACCAGAUGAGAGCACAAAAGGUUAUGAAUUCCGCGUGAAGAAUGACAAGCUGUCAAUCAACUGUCAAUGUCAUGCGCUCCACAGAUUCAAAUAGCGAUAACUUUUUAAGACUUAGAAAGUCUUCUUAACAGCCGUAAUGGGCCGGACGUGCGGUGAAGCAAAAUGUUUUUAUUUUUAUAAAAUGUAUGACGCAACCAAAAAAUCUGUAAUUUUUUUCUGUAACUAGAAAUGGUUAUUCCUACGACCAGAAAAAUAAUCAGGCACAUUUAAUAUUUUCAUCCAUUCCCCAUUAUGUUGUUAAUAACAAAAUAUGUAGUGAAUAAUUAUUAUUAGAUUAAGAAUGUCUCAAUUAAUAGAACUACGAAUAAUAACUGCGAGGGCAAAAAGUAACUACCUAGGCAGGUAGCUCAGAUUCGAAAUGUAUAAUUCAGUUCCACAAGGUCUAUGAAACCGUAAAACCGUAAAAACCGUUUUAAUUUAUUUGACGACCGGUUUGGCCUAGUGGGUAGUGACCCUGCCUACGAAGCUGAUGGUCCCGGGUCCAAAUCCUGGUAAGGGCAUAUUCGUGUGAUGAGCAUGGAUAUUUGUUCCUGAGUCAUGGGUGUUUUCUAUGUAUUUAAGUAUUUAUAAAUAUUUAUAUAUUAUAUAUAUCGUUGUCUAAGUACCCUCAAUACAAGCCUUAUUGAGCUUACUGUGGGACUUAGUCAAUUUGUGUAAUAAUGUCCUAUAAUAUUUAUUAUUAUUUUUUAUUUUAUUUUAUUAAUUUAUCACAAAAAAGUCACCCUUAAGGUAUAUAUGUUUCAAAAUGUUAAGAUAUGCUGUCAGUUUAAAAUGGGCUAAAUAAAAUACAUUGGAAUUUGUAUAUUAAAACGUAUUUAUAUAUUUUAUAUAGUAUGUAUAAUACAUAAUAUACAUAUAUUUCUUGGCUCAUAAUCCGUUAAGUCGUGGCGUUCGUUAUGGCGUUAAGUAAAUGCUUAUGCAAAGAUAUUAUUAUUACUGCUGGGGUAAAUGUGCCGAAACACAACCACUAGGUCCACUAGCCUACUUUUCGUCUGCAGCUGGUUGUUCAAUGAAAUGCAACGUAGUACAUAAUUAUGACUGUUAUUGUUUACUGGUAUGUAGGCACCUGAGUUCGACGCUUUUACCUUAAACCUAUGACUACUAGUAUAGCUAAAAGAAUUUAUUCUUUCAGUAAUAUGUAUUAAAAUUGCUAAAUACUUAAAAGUGGCGCCAUAUAAUAGAUCAAAGGCCGAAGGUAUGUGGUAUCGUUUCGGGUGAUUGCGCGACAACCUUAUGCCGAUGCCCGGUAAGAUGGCGCCACUUUUUGAUAAUUAACAAAUUUAACACAUAUCAGUGAAAGAAUAAGGAUCAAAGUCAAAUGGCGUUCUAAAAGUUUUAAUCAUGUGUCGAAAGAUGGCAGUAAAUUUACUGUACAUUUUCUUUGACAAUCCACCUCUAUUUCAAAUUCUCUUUGGUAAUAGGUACCGAAUAAAAACUAAACAUUUUCAAGGGCUUCGUUGUUAUAUCUGUUACCAGUUUUGCAAUAAAAUAAAUAAAAUUUAUAAAUGGCUUAUGUAAAUGUUACGUAGAAAACAUAUCAAAUGAGAUAAUUGAAGGUGUUCAUGAUAGUACAUAUAAUAUGUUAUUCACCUGCCCAUCACGAUGGCAUUCCUUAUUAUAAUAUCUUACUUACCUACAGAAAAAAAUGUGUCGAAGUUUAGACAAAGGUCCCACUUAGUCUCUUACCAUAAAGUCGAGAUUUGCUUGUAUCUUUAUACGAAUAACCUGACAAAGCGUCCUUAUGGCGAAAUAGGUGGACUUUCUGCUUGAAAACGACACAAUUAUAGUGAGCUCUGUUAUUGACAAGCGUAUCUUAAAGCCAAGGAUAGUUUUUUUAUCAGUUAUUAUUAAAUUUCACAUUUAUUUACAUUACAUACGUAAUUAGAUUUUUAAUUAUGACAUAUCAUUGUUAAAUUGAUAUACACAUAAUUUUAUUUCUAACUAGUCAACACACAUAAGGUUAAAUUUCAUGUUUGCUAGAUAUGUAGGAUAUAUAUGUACCUAUAUAAUAACUGAGGGACGGAAACCUGUGGUACCUACCAUUAUUAUAACUAGAUAACUGUUGAUAACUUUAUUUUUCGCAUGUUGUGAAUUGUUAUGUAUAUUCUGUGAUAUCUGAUCUGCUUGAAUGUAAUAUAGUUACCUAAUAAACAGUUAUCCUAUUUAAAAUAUAUUCAUAUCUUAUUAGUAAUAAAUGUAUGAGCAUUGGA